ACACAGGUGACACCGGUUUAUCAAGACUAACUGCCCGUUAAAUCAUUGGGGUGUUUGUUAUGUUUUAGACCAAAAUAUUAUUAUUAAUAUUAUUAUCCAAUUAUUAUUAGCCUACUGUAAUUAUUUCAGCAAUGACUUUAUGGCUAGUGUCCAAACGAAUGCGCCACAAUUUAAAACGGCACUGAUUGCGAAGUAAUUGGCAGUAAUACACUAUUUGUUGGCUGUUGUUAGUAGUCUACCUGUGUGUCAUAUUUCUGAUAAACCCCCAACUGCUUAUCAGUUAAAUUAUUUGGAUAAAUCUGGAUGAAACGCUUUGGGGAAAUGUGUCCCUUCUGUCGGGUCUAGUUCUGUGUGCGGCUGCACCGUUACCAUGGUGAAGAAUACUGAAAGAAGUGUUGAUACCUCGGCGUCAUCAGUCUGCGUGAACAAAAUCCUCAACGGAUAAACAAGACGAUAUUAAAGCUACAGAUGUGUGAGGGACCUUCAUCGAUAUCUGGGCCAAUCCCCCCGGAUCCUUCUCUGUUUCCUCAGUACUACAAACGACCUGCUUCAGCUCGUGGCCGUUUAGAAGGACACCACGAUGGGACUUUGUCCCUGCUCUCAGGGCAACUCGCUCCAGAUCCUGUGUUGUACCCUGGCUGCUACAGUGCUCGUACCCCAGCACAUCCUCCCCGUAUUAGCCCUAAUGCCACUCAUAUUCUGGAACGAGGACGGAGAGGGGUAGUGGGGGAACUACUCAAACUAGAUGGUGUCUCUAUCACCCCUGUUCCCAAACAGAAACAGCGGGUACAUGACUUUGGUAAAGAGAAUGUGCGUCGGCUCAGGGAGAUCCAGAGACGCUGCAAAGAGCAGGAGGCUGAGAGAGCACAGUCUCGUCCAGUUCCAGUCAAAGCUCUUUGGACCUCCUCCAAAUAUGAGAACGUCCCAUCCAGGGUGAUGGUCCAGCUACAGGUUUCCAGUCCAACUGCUAAACCACAGUGUCAAAACUUUCUGAAGGCCCACUCUAAUGGUGGAUCUACUGUCCCACCAAGACCACGCUCCAAAACCUCUCCUGUAGCUUUGCAACACCCGUCCUCCUGCAACUCUACACAGGACCAAAACUUGCAAUUACAGGUGCAAGGCCAGACCAUAGACUUCAUAAAACAUAAUGCCCGGGCUGCACGAAAAACUGUGCUGCGUCGGUCCCAGUCACUGACAAACCUUAGAGAUAAGCCUGUCCCCAGCGCAGUCAAGGGACAGGUGCCUCAGUAUCUUGAGGAAAGGAAGGAGCAGUGGCAUAAAGAGGAGGAGGAGAGGAGGAGGAACACACCUGAUCCUACAAUCCCAGCUGGUCACACCCUGAUACCUGAGAGUGAGAGACGAGAGACACUGAAGUCCCUCAAAGAGACGCAUCGCUCCCUGGUGACUGAGCUGCUGUCGCUGCCUCUCAAAGCUGACAGUCUGAGUGUUCGCUCACGUCGGGCUCAUCUUGAUUGUAGGCUUUCUGAAAUCGAGGAGGCCAUUAAAAUAUUCUCCAGGGACAAAGUUUAUAUAAAAAUAGAUUCCUAACACACGAGGAGGAUGAAGAGAAAAAGAGAGAAGGAAGAGGAGGGGAUGGUCCUGUAAAUUUACUGCUUUAUCGAGAUUCAUUUUCAUUUUGUAGUUGCAUUGUGUAACAUAACACUGAACCUUGUAAAUUGCAUGAUUAUUUUAAUGUUAGCAAAGUAUUUUUUUUGUAAAUUGAAAAUUCUAUAUUGUAACCUGAGUGAUUAUUGCAUAAGGACAACCACUACUGGUUAACUGAUUAACAGUUACUUAGAGAACAAUAUACAUACUACUGAAUGGUAUGCAAUUUUCUCUUGAAAGAAACAAGCAGAUGCACUGUAAACUUAUCAGUAAAAAUCAUUAGCUCUUAAAGUGGCAUCUGCUGAGAUGUGAUUUGUUUUGUCUGUGUAAAACUGGCUGGUGGUUUGUAACAAUGGCUAUUUUUGUAAAGUCAUGGUAUAUUUAUAUUUUUAAUUCUUGGGUAUUAAAACAUGCAAUGCAGUACAUUGUGUACAAAGUC